CCGCCAGGCCCGUGAGCCGCGCGCAGAAUGGGCAGGUGCUGCUUCUACGCGGUGGGGACGCUGUCGCUGCUCCUGCUGGUGACCAGCGUCACGCUGCUGGUGGCCAGAGUCUUCCAGAAGGCCGUGGACCAGACGAUCGAGAAGAAUAUCGUGUUAAGGAAUGGUUCCGAGACUUUUGACUCCUGGAGGAAGCCCCCUCUGCCCGUGUACUCCCAGUUCUAUUUCUUCAAUGUCACCAAUCCAGAGGAGAUCCUCAGAGGGGAGAUUCCUCGGUUGGAAGAAGUGGGGCCCUACACCUACAGGGAACUCAGGAACAAAGCAGAUAUUCAAUUUGGAGAUAAUGGAACAACAAUAUCUGCUGUUAGCAACAAGGCCUAUGUUUUUGAACGAGCCAAGUCUGUUGGAGACCCUAAAAUUGACUUACUUAGAACAUUAAAUAUUCCUGCAUUGACGGCCAUGGAAUGGGCCCGGCUCCCGCUCCUCCGCGAGGUCAUCGAAGCCUUGUUGAAGGCCUAUCAGCAGAAGCUCUUUGUGACACGCACGGUCCAUGAAUUGCUCUGGGGCUACAAAGAUGAGAUCUUAUCCCUCAUCAACGUUUUCAAACCCGAUAUCUCUCCCUAUUUUGGCCUGUUCUAUGGGAAAAAUGGGACUAAUGAUGGAGACUAUGUCUUUCUAACCGGAGAGGACAAUUACCUUAAUUUUUCCAAGAUUGUGGAAUGGAAUGGGAAAACGUCACUUGACUGGUGGACAGCUGAUGAAUGCAAUAUGAUCAAUGGAACUGAUGGAGACUCUUUUCACCCAUUAAUCACCAAAGAUGAAGUCCUUUAUGUCUUCCCAUCUGACUUUUGCAGGUCAGUGCAUAUAAUUUUCAGUGACUAUGAGCGCGUACAGGGACUUCCUGCCUUGCGGUAUAAGGUGCCUGCAGAAAUAUUAGCCAAUACCUCAGACAAUGCUGGCUUCUGUAUCCCUAAAGGAAACUGCCUGGGCUCAGGAGUUUUGAAUGUCAGCGUCUGCAAGAAUGGUGCACCUAUUAUCAUGUCUUUCCCACACUUCUACCAAGCAGAUGAGAAGUUUGUUUCUGCCAUAGAAGGCAUGCAUCCAAAUAAGGACUAUCAUGAGACAUUUGUGGACAUUAAUCCUUUGACUGGAAUUAUCCUAAGAGCAGCCAAGAGGUUCCAAAUCAACGUUUAUGUCAAGAAAUUAGAUGACUUUAUACAAACAGGGAAUACUGUUUUCUUGUUCCCCUCCCAGAGUGUUCUCAUUGACCAAGAGACUGCAAGUCGACUGAAGUCUGUGAUUAACACGACUUCCAUCAUCAUCAAUAUCCCCUACAUUGUCAUGGCGCUGGGCGUGUUCUUUGGUCUGGUCUUCACCUGGCUUGCGUGCAGAGGACAGGGAUCCAUGGAUGAGGGAACUGCAGACGAAAGAGCGCCCCUCAUACGAACCUAACAGUCGGCUGCACUUGGUGAAGGAAGCAAGGGAGCUGUCGUGACCUGGACCACAGCGUGGGGCAACUGUCUGCGUCCUCACCGGCAUGUCACCUGGUGUGAGAGGAGAGAGGAGACCCUAUGCUGGCGUGUGAUGAGGGCCCAUGGGCAGAGGGCCAAGAGCAGGCUGACAUGGUUGGCCGUUAGGCUUUACAAGAUCCUAUGGUCCCUGACAAACUAUUUUGUUCUUCAAGUGUCUAGCAAGUAUUUAAUAAAUUCUUGUAUAGUAAUUUUUC